UUGUUUAUGUGCGCGAGUUGAGACGUUCAACGCAAGAUGUGCAUAGCAUACCUUGGUCGCAAUUUGCUCAUGGCAUUGCUCAUUGUUUCUUGAAGAAGCAAAUACCCUUAGUAAUCAUAGUGUCAUUAAUAAGUGCAACACAAACAGCGUUAGGUGCCAAGCCCAACUGCCCAGUUCGUUAAGGAGGCUCACCUGGGCCGUAGAAAGCAAUACUCCUUUGCCUGUGGCAUCCAGAUUCUCAGUGUCAUGUCUGCUUACGGGCCGCGGCUCCCAGAAGGUUUCAAAACCGCAUCUGCCGAUCGCGAAGAUGCUGGAGAAAGCAACGAAUCAACAACCACCGUCAUUGGACCGGUGCUCCCGCCUGGCUUAAAGCUGUCUGGGCAGGACGUCGAAGCACCUUCGCCUCCUAGCAAAAGUGGGCAGGAUUUGUACGGGCCAAGUUUGCCGCCGGGGUUCACGGACACAUUACCUAAACCCGGCAUCAUCGGACCCGUUUUACCGCCUGGUUUUUCAGCGACUUCGCAACAGGACGCUGUUGAAAACGAGAGUGACGAUUCGGACGACGUCAUCGGGCCGAUGCCAUCUGAGGCUAUUGGCGAUGACUACACAGACGACACCGCUGCGCGGGAUUUUGACCGUAGAGCGACCAAGAUGAAAAGGCGACUCGAGGGAAAGGAUUCAGAACCUGAACCCCGCCGAGAAGAGUGGAUGACAGCAUUGCCAGACAACUUGGGCCUUCGAAUUGGCCUGGGGUCCAGGACAUUUCGGAAGAACAUGGAGGAUCCAACAGCUGACCGCUCUGCUUGGACAGACACACCUGCAGACAAAGUCAGAAAGGCAGAGCAGAAAAAGUCGAAAAAAGAUGGAGAUGCAGCUGAGACCUCGCGCCAUCAGAAGCGACACCAUCAGGAAAUGGAGCUUGAGGAGCAGCUGAAGCAAUACAAUAAGGAAAAGAGGGCAGAGUCACUUCUCGAUAUGCAUAGGAAAAAGAAGAAAGAGGAAAAAAAGAACGAAGUUAAGGAACGGCGGGAGUUCAGUCGUGAAGAAGACCUGAAAAUCAGCCGGAUUGACCCAAGAGCCAGCAAAACAUUGAUCAACAAUGCUGCUUUCCUGAACUCAAAGUUUUCAUCUGGUGAAAGGAAGUUUCUUUGAACUCAUCUGGUACUAUUCGCUCUUUCCAAAGAAUACAUUAACCAUUUCUUAAAUAAG